UACCCAAAAUAGCGACGCAGGUUCUUCUCCCUUGGGUCCUUUUGGCUGUCUUUUCCUCAGGGCAGAUUACUACAACGUUAUUGUACAGAUACACGAAUGGCAAACAAAUAAGACUGUCAGUUCUGGCUGGCUACUGAUUUUAUGUUCUCUAGUGAAUCCAAACAAUGCCACACCACCUGCAUUUUGGGCAGGCUCUCCUGCCCAAGCAAUGAACUCCCUCGUGCACUUGCCAGUCAAGAGAGAAACUGCUGCCACAGGGGCUGCAAGAACACGCCCCAUAAAAAUAAAGUUUAAUUUUUAGCAAAAGGUUGAAGCUAAAUUCUGUCGGAAGCUGUUGCCCACAGCACUACUGUCCCUGGGAAAUAUAGUUAGCCAUUAGUAGCAGCUGAUCACUUGCUACUGAUAAUCCUGAGUUUCAAGGAGAGAUGGUAUUUUUUUCUCUCACAAUCUGUGCUUCGAGUUUUCCUCUAACCCGGCUGUGUGAAUCACAAAGACAGUCCAAUGCAGUUGUUAAUUAACUACGCUUUGGGCUCCCAGUUCCUGUUUUCUCUGUAAAAUGGGGUGGGGGAAGGUAACUUCCUUUUGCAACGUUCAGUAGUGCAUUAAAGAUCGUUGUGCUCAGUAGAGGCCCUUAUCAGCGGGCAAGAUACUGGACCAAAUUUGACUUCUACAUAUGCUGGGGCAAACGCAUCCAGAAAAUCCCGUUGAUUCAGGUGCAUCCACUUCCAACUGCCAUCAGAAAAGAGGGGCUGUACCGAGUGCCUUUGUGUACUUAGCGUAUGGGUGCUACCGUAAAACACCAUAAGAUUGCUUCUGCCGCCCAUCUCCAGUCCUCGAAUUUACCUGGCCGAGCUGUCUGACUGCUGCCGCGGGGUCGUGUAGCCCACAGGCAUGGAGAGGCUCCAGCAGCAGGCACUGCUGGGUGCGGGCUGCCACCCUGCCUUCAGCUACCCGCUGCCAGAACCUCUUCCUCCGCUCUCUUGGAAGCCCAGGGAAAUUAACUGGUUAAUUCAGGCAGAGAAAUCCCAUGUCUAAAGCUUGCUGGUAUGAGUAGCCUCCAUUGUGGACACAGUUGUGCCCCACCACAUGGGAAAAUCCCUUUGACGUGAGUGGAAGUUCCACGUAUAAAGGGUUUGUGGCAGGACGUUGACUUGGGGCACGUCUGUGUUGCACAGAUACCCCGUCUGGGGCCGCGACUAGAGAGACCCUCCUGUGACGCCUCUGCGCUAGGCACUGCCGGUAGGACGCGAGGCGCACAGGCUCAGCGGAGCACGCUGCUGGAAGGGCUGUGCCCGUCGCAGAACAGUCCCGUGUUUGUACCGAGCUGGAGGUAUUUCUGUGCCAGGCACAGACACACGUUACGAUACUUAGAAGGAACCUCAUUAGAGAGUUACGGGAGGGUAAAUGCAGCAACGUACUUCAGCAUCCCUUCCCCCGAGGGCAUCCUUAUGGUUCAUUCUCAGUGCUGUUUUGUCCUCUUUCUAAAAUUAAAUUAACAAAUCUACUCUUGGCCUCUGUUUUCUCUUCUUCAUCUCGAGUUACAUGCAAAUUUCUUGGAAAAAUAUGAAGAAAAACAGGUGAGUCAUUUCAGAAGAAAAAAAUGGCUAGAGACACCAAGAGCUAUCCCUGAAGUCAUAGAAGAAACAGUGGGAAUCCUGGACCAGAUUUAAGACGACAGCUAAGCUGUAACUCAUUUCCAAAGGCAGCUGGGCUGGUGAGCGCCUGGCUCUCACCAGCAGCAGUGGGCUUGGCAAUCCACCUCUCCACAGCAGACCUUGCUGUGUGAAUUCCAGGUACACGUACCUGCCGCCGGAGGCACCGCUGUAAACGUGGCCCUCGGACCCUUAAACAAAACACGGCUGGGCUGCGUAAUUAUAUUUAGCAUGUAGGGGUAGUGCAGGCACUAGGGAGAAGACCUUUUCCAUCCCUGGCUGUUUGGGAUUCCAGGAGCCCACACUGUUCUGUCCUGACUUACACAGAUGUUUCAGGUCAUUCCUACUUAACGGGAGUUUGGUUUUUUUAAGUAAAUAAGUAGGCUACACUUAACUGCUCUCAGGAAAACCCAAAACUUAAUAAUGAACGUUCCCAUCAACAGAGAGCCAGGACGUACUGCUGACUUUUCAUAUGAAAUAUUGCAAGAUUUGCUUUUAGUGCUACUAUCCUGAACAAUUACAAGGGAAAAUGCAAAUAUGUAUGCAAAUAAGGCGCCAGCUGAUAUUGCCAUACACAGCAUCGAGCCUGUUGUCAUACUGCUGCCAUGAGAACAGUUACUAGCCCUGGGGAGCGGGCACAGGGCGGGCUGGGUUCUGGGUAGUAAAGAUAACAGAUACAUUGCAAGAGAAUUUUGUAUGAUUAAAUUUCAGCAUUUUAUGUUUGUUCCUAACCCGUCAUUUCAACGGUCUGUGAUAUUUGAGUCAGAUCCAAAAGGUAACCUCUCUCACGCAGCACUUCUGCUCUGCCUCUGCGCGACUGUUUGUCAGCCAGAAUACAAACUGCUCAAGCUACGGCCAGCGAGAAGAAAACCCACCACACAUCACGGCUGCAGGGAUUUUCCACUGUCUCUCUCCUAUUAUGGCUGUUGUUUCUAUAAUUAUUAUUUGUGUAGCAGUUUCACAGAGGAGCCCACGUCACGGCUUGGGACCGCGCUCUUCUAGGUGCGGCACAAACACCGAGACAGACCCUUUCCCAAAGGGGUGAGCUCCAGCCCGCGGUCCCCACGGUGUCCUCGCUGGGAGGGACCGUGUCCUGCAGCCGGAGCAGAGAGCUACAGGACAGGGAUCCUGGCUUCUAAUGCAUCUUUGCCACAGGCGCAGUUUUGGUCUGUAACACAGCGCGCGAUUUAAGCAUGCCUCUGUUUCUCCACCUGCAAUACAAAGGCAGCAGUAAUCCUUUGCCUCAACCUAGGGGUAGAUUAUGAAGUGUCAUUUUUGCAGAGUAUACGGUAAUCUGCAAUCCCAUCUUCAGUCUGCCGUCCCAUCUCUACGUUCAGUGGCAGAGACUGUCUCGCGGCAGUGAAUGGAAAAUGCCACGUUCCUUUUUGGUGAAGAGCAAAAAGGCUCAUACCUACCAUCACCACCGCUUUGUGGAAGAUGACCUGCCUAUACUCACGUGGGAUCCAAUAAGCUCUCCCUUCACUGCCAUAGGAGACAAGACACUGGAGGACAUCAAGAAGCAGGACCUAGAAUGUGUGGUUCCUAAACAAGAAAAGGACCCAUCUGAACUGAAGGAAGAAAGUGUCCCUGUCCAGUACCUGAGCAGGAUGCUGCCAGGCCCUUCAGCUCCAGAGAUGGCCGUCCCAGGUCUGCAGAUCAAAGACUGCACUAGCACGACAAGCACCCCUACCUUCUACAAAACCAGCUUUUCUUGGGAUGCUUUCCACUUGCCAUACAGCUACCGACAGAUGUCUUCCACCAUGCAGUCAGCCCUCCUGGAGCACCCCGUUAGCCUGUACGGAAGCCACCUCCUGCCAAGCUCCGAGCCCCCGCUGGAUUACAGCAUGCAUUACUCCUCGGACAUGGAGACCUACCACUGUGUGAAGUGCAACAAGGUAUUCUCCACUCCCCAUGGACUGGAGGUCCAUGUCCGAAGGUCUCAUAGUGGGACCCGGCCUUUUGCUUGUGAAGUAUGUGGCAAAACCUUUGGACACGCUGUAAGCCUGGAGCAGCACACCAAUAUUCACUCCCAGCAGGAAAGAAGUUUUGAGUGCAAGAUGUGUGGGAAGACAUUCAAACGUUCCUCCACCCUCUCCACUCAUCUACUGAUCCAUUCAGACACACGGCCUUAUCCCUGCCAAUACUGUGGCAAGCGCUUCCACCAGAAGUCGGAUAUGAAGAAACACACUUACAUCCACACCGGGGAGAAGCCCCACAAAUGCCAGGUAUGCGGCAAAGCCUUCAGCCAGAGCUCCAACCUCAUCACUCACAGCCGCAAGCACACUGGCUUCAAGCCCUUCAGCUGUGAGCUCUGCGCCAAGGGCUUCCAGCGCAAGGUGGAUCUACGGAGGCACAGAGAGACCCAACACAGUCUCAAGUGAGGGACAGCUCCAGGUCUUUGCUGGAGCUCCCACUGCCAGUACAUGCUCCAGGGAAGAAGAAUGUCCCUAGCAUCUCCAUCCAGCAUGGGGGUGCCCGCCUCAUAAAGCUCAUACAGCUUCCUGUGUUCCCCUGGGGACUGGCAAAGUCAUGUCAUUGGCUUUGGUGUUCUGGUGCCCCAGGCCCUUGCACAUCCCAGUAGGUGACAAAGAAACCUGUGGGAGCUCUCACUUUUCCAUUACAACAGGUAGCAGCCCAGAUCCAACGUCACCUGCGCAAGCGCAAAUCCAGAGGAAUUCCUCCAGGGUCACUGUCGCUCUGGAUUACCAGAGUUUGCAGAAUUCGGUUCAUCAGACUGACCAGCAGUGAGGUGGGAACUCCUGGACUAGCGGCAGCAACAAUCUGUGCCAAGCUAGUGCCGUAACCAUGUUCUGCUUUGAUGGUUAGGAAGAUAAGGCUGGGCCAUGCAAAUAGGUCGCGUUCAGUGAGCUGCGUUCAGCCUGGACAGGGCUUCUGCAGAGGCUCGCCCAGGUCAUAAAUUCUGGCAACAGACACCAAAAGUAAUUUUCUUUCAGUGGAGCAUUUACUGUGAUCAAAUGACAAGUUAACUGUGUUGUAUUUUUAGCUUGGAGUGGGAGGAAAAUAGUGAAAACCCAGCUCCUAUCCCUAGCCGGUGACAGGGGUCUCUCAAUGCGGUCCUGAUCUGCACCACACUGCAAAGAUCCCUGGGUUAGUGGCGACCAGGCGAGCUCCAGGAAGAGCCCUGCCACAGCACCAGCCAUAAGCUAAUAAGCCCCGUGUCUCUGUACCGCGCGAGAGAGACUGGCUGCUCUUGGAAUCAGGGCUGGUAUGUCCCACGGUAUUUCACUGCAUGCUGGACAUACCGACUUCGAGCUGUCCUGAGCAAUCCUGUGUCACGGCACGGUCAGGAACAGCCCUUGGAUAUCAAUGUCAAGGGCUAGAGAGUUCUGCUUUCCAGCCACUCUCGUAAAGGAGGAAAUGACCUAGCCUGUACACAUUGGCAUAGUAUGCAAGUACCUUACAAAUAUUAUACAAACAGAGCAGUGGUAUUUCCUCCUUCUUCCAGGUCUAGAGCACUGGAAGAAGUAAAGCGCCAGUUCCCCUCCAAGCUCGGCUAGAUUCUCACUGUAGAGCCUUUGGCAAGUCACUGCAGGGGGCUUUUAUUUCUCCACCCCUCCUGGUGAUGUGGAGUCAUUCACUCAGGUUUGUAGAGUCCCUCGGGUUCUUAACAGGAAGGACAAAGUAGUAUUAUAGCAUUAAAAAGACAAGUGCUUUCAGUUAAGCAGGGCAUUGUAGCAGCGCACAGCCCACUCCCUAACUACAUCCCUGAACACGUGGCCUCGGACGAUGGCACCAGCGGGAAGCGCCCUGGGAACGGGCUGUGGCACUUGCCAUUUCACUCCGAUGCUGAUGAAGGAGAGCUUCCAUCAUGGGCAAAGAAGAAAUGGUCCAAGUGGAAAAAUUGAUUUAUUGCCAGGAGAGAAGUCGUCUGUCCUGCCCUCAGUUACACUGCUGUAAAUCCAAAGUUAUGCUCCUAAGACCUACACUGAACCUGUCCCUGUUUGAUGCUGUGCCUAAGCUGUUAGUCAUUAAUAUGCAUUCUGGAAGCUCAAAACAGAGUCUGUACUCCUGGCUUUACUUGUACACUGUAAAUAUGUAUUUAUACAUAUUCUAAUGUAUAUUUUUAUUGCACUAUACCAGACAGUGACAACAUGUACAGGCCUGCUGGGAUUUAUCUGAUAAAUCUGUUCCCUCUCGG